AUGGCAGAUCGUCUGAGGUCGGCCAAAGCUGACAAGGCUCCAUCUCAGUCCAAUCCUGACUCCAAAGUCAGUGUCCGCCUGACUUGUGAGCUGUGCCGUCAACGGAAGGUCAAGUGUGACAAACUCGACCCGUGCACCAAUUGCCGGCGGAUUGGGACUGCGUGUGUCCCCGUUCAGCGGGCCCGACUACCACGGGGAAAAUCAGGCAGACACUCAGCCCGAGGAACGCCGGACGAGGACGAAACCCUGCGAGAGCGCGUAUCGAGGCUGGAGGAGCUCGUUCGCAAAGCCGUAAGCGGGGGUGAUGCCGAACCCGGUUCAACGGAACGAUUCUCGAGGACUGUCCGGGGCCAGGGCGAACAAAGCUUUUCAAGGGCCGCGGGCGAAGGAGAGUCUAGUAGAAAUGGUACCGCGACGAAUGAAAGCACGGGCGAACAGCCUGAUCGUUACCUGGGGGUCUCAUUCUGGGCCGAGCUUCUGAAGCAACUAAAGGGCAGUGGGGAUCAUGUAUCUGACAGCGUUGAUCAUCAGCGGCUUUUGUCAAUGGCCAAUGGCCACCAGAACAGCCCCAAUCCACCAUUGAGUAGCAGAGACGCUCUCCAAACGACAUCCACACAGAAAACACUGUGUCAAAUAUUCCUCCAAAGAGUUGAUCCCUGCUUUAAGAUUCUCCAUCGUCCAUCAGUGAGCGCCUUCCUACUCGAUGGAAAGCCCUACCUCGACUACAAGCCUGGACAUGAAGCCCCCACAGCGCUCGCUCACGCGAUCUACUACUCAGCGAUCUCUCGCGUCGAGGAAAAUGAGUGCUGGCAAAUAUUCCAACAGAGCAAGAGCUCGAUGAUCACAAAAUACCAGAAGGAGUGCGAGUCCGCUCUGGCAAAUGCCGACGUCGUAACCACCAACGACCUGACCGUCCUGCAGGCAUUUGUCCUUUCCUUGCUGUCCUCCCAUUCUCAAGACCGCAGCCGCCGAGUCUGGACAAUGCUAAGCGUAGCGCUCCGCGUCGCCCAAGCCCUCUACCUGCACCUCGCCGAGCCACCCUUCCCCGUCCGGCCCUUCGACCGCGAGAUGCGCCGCAGGCUCUGGCUCGCAAUCGGCUUCCUCGACAUGCAAUCCGCCGCCGACCGGGCCUCCGAGCCCAUGAUGCAAGUCAGCUGGCUACAAUCGCAUCCGCCCACAAACACCAACGACAGCGACCUCACCUACGACAUGGAAACCCCACCGCGCGAAUCCCCCUACAUGACAGACAUGACCUACAACCUCAUGACACUCCAAGCCCAACGCGUCAGCCGACUCCUCAACUCCUCCGACUUCAUCGAACCAGCCGUCAAAUCCAUGCCAACGCGCCAACAACUCGUCAUCGACUUCCAACAGACCACCUCGCGACUCCUCCACCACGCCCAACCAACCACAAUCCCCUUCCACUGGUUCACCCGCCAAGCCACAGAAUGCACCUACGCCGCGAUCCAGCUCCUCGCCCUCCGACCCCUCCAACGCAUCGCAACAUUCACCCCGCCGCGCAUCCGCAGCGACCACCUCAUCCAAGCAGCCGUCGACGUCGUCGCCAAGUCCCAAGCCCUCGUCGACGACCCCCGCGCGCACCCCUGGCGCUGGAUGGGCCACAUGUUCGUCCCAUGGCACGGCCUAGCAGUCGCCAUCGCGGAGCUGUGCAUCUGCGACGACCCCUUCUUGUGGGACAUGUUCUGGGCGCCCGUCGAGCGCGCGUACGGCCGGCUGGGCGAGCUCGUGGCCGAUUCCCGCCAAGGCAUGCUCUGGAAGCCGAUGGAGAAACUCAUGGCUCGGGCUCAGGGCAAGAGAGAGACUUUACAGUGUAAUGCCUUAUCCGGGACUGCUGGUGUGGGCGUGCCGCCGGUGCAGCCAUUGGGGACUUCCGCGCCGGAUGCUGUCGUACAGCAGGGAGCGGAUACCCGCGUUGGAGCGGUGGCAGCGCCGGAUCUUGCUACGCCGGAGAGUAUGCAGGAUCCGGGGGUUGUAGCGUGGCCGAGCGUGUGGGACACGCUUGAUUUUUCGGAUUUGGGGGGUGGGGAGGAACUGUCGUGGCUGAAUUAUGAGAACUUCAUUGAUGAUGUCUACGAUAGUGUGGACUGGUCUGAGAUACCCCAUUGA